CCAGGGCUGCAAAGCACACCCGAUUGUUGUUGUUUUUGGCGAGACGAGGCGAAAGAAGUAAAUAUAACAAAUUAUAUUUUAAAAAACCACUGGAAUAUUAAACGACGGGAAAGUCAUGGACACAGGGAUCACCACCAAGGAGCGACUGGAGCGUUUAAUGGCCGCGAAGAAGCAACUGGAGGGACAGAUCAGCAAAAACGGACAGAUCCUGGCCGCCAACGACAAUGUGGGCAUGACCGGUUCGCUGGUGGAUUUGGAGGGCUUUCCUCGUAACGACAUCGACAUUUACCAGGUGCGCCAGGCUCGCCAAACGAUCAUCUGCCUGCAAAAUGACCACAAGGAGUUGAUGAACCAGAUCCAGAGCCUGCUUAACCAAUAUCACAGUGAGAUCGCCACCACUGAUCCCGAGCUGGUAAAUCGCGCUUCCGCUUUGGAUUUGGAUAGCGACCGAUCACAAGGAGGAGCUAAUCUAGCUGAUCUUGCACCUGCUCGCGCCAUCGUUGUGGUCAACCUAGUCAGUCCCGAUUCCCCCGCCGAGAAAGCUGGACUUUGUGUGGGUGAUGCCAUCCUCCGUUUCGGUUCAGUCAAUAGCAACAAUUUUAAGGGAGAUCUCGGUCAGAUUGGCGAGGUGGUGCGAAACAUGCAGAACCAGAAUGUACAACUCAAAGUGAAGCGCGCAGAGCAGCAGCUGGAUUUGAUCCUGGUCCCAAAAACUUGGAGUGGACGCGGCCUUCUCGGCUGCAACAUCGUCCUGCCUCCGGAGGCCAUGGAGCACUGAUUUAGUUACCCCUUAAGCUUUGACGGAAUUGCCAGUGUACAUUUGGUCUGCAUUUAAUUAACGGCUCAUGGCCAGGCCACCAAACAUGUUUGCUCUAAAUUGUUACAAUUGAUUUUUGGAUUGGUAGCCUGGUUUUAGACGGGUUCACAGGCCAAUUUAGGUGGAGUCAUCUCGGUGAUUGACAGCCAGGUCACUGUGCCAAGGAACAACACUCCGUUGGCCCAAGGUAGGUGAAGCAUUACGACACAUAAAGGGUACUAAUUAUAAUUCAGGGGAAGAUGAGUAAUGGCUAGAGUUUUAGUAAGUUAUCAGUUCUUUCGAAUUAAUAUGUAAAAAAAACGAACGCUUAACCAUUCAAAAAUAAAUAAUUUGUGUCUAACAAUGUGGUACAACUCCUA